AUGGCGCAUUUCCAUGGACAGCCAGAGGUCCCUGACGAGAUACUCCUCCAAAUCUUCCACUGCGCCCUUCCACCCUCUUGGACGAAACAAUAUGCCCACCAACAACCUCCCUUCCCCCGCGCCCGCUGCUCCGUGGAUCGGCGGACAAAAAUAUCCCUCGCCAGCGUGUGCAGGUCGUGGUAUCGCGUCGCGGCCGAGCUCCUCUAUGAGCAUAUAUCACUUUCGACAAUUGGCCAACUCGUUGCCCUCGUCGAGACGCUCCAGACUCGGGCAGAUCUCGCCAAACUGGUGAAGAGCGCCAGCAUGUGCUACGUUAUGCCCUCCGGCUACGCCAUAGUCCACGAACAAGCACUGCACACGCUGUUCGACCUCUGUCCCAAUCUUGUUGACUGGGAGUUGAAUUCGACCCCUGUGAUAGGGGCGGAUAUAUGCGGUCCUCCGUUUCAACUCUCCGCUUUCCAGUUGACCAGUUUGCAUAUAUUCCGUCUUAACCAUCCAGCAAUGUUCCACGUCCUGCGUCAAGUUUGUCAGACACUUGUCGACGCAACCUUGCCUCUUCCGCCAGACGCUGUUUUCAGCCAGCUCCGGGUUCCUCGAAUGCUAUUCCUCAAACUGGUAAACCUUCGGCUAGUCCUAUCAUACGACUCGCACUUUCCCAAUACAUGGGCGUUUCCCGCGCUAACGGCUCUCCGCCUCGUACCCGCUCAAAACGUCUUGAUUUUUUUGAGAAACACCAUUGAGGCUACCCUACUUGGCUUGUUCUCUGCCUGCGGGAAGACUAUUCUAUCACUUUCUGUGGCCGAGAGUGUCGCAACCCCCAGAAUGAUGCACCAAAUGCUUGCUUUGUGUCCGCGGAUUCAACAAAUCAAUGCGGGAGACUUUGUAUUCAACGACGUAUUCCACGCAGAAGAGAUUCAGCCAGUGUAUACUACCGUCACAUCCCUCGACAUUGUCCACCAUCACAAUGCAGAGUUGGUCAAUCUCGGAGAAGUUCUCGAUGUUGGGGAACUGAGGAGGAUGUUACCUGCGUUGAAGUCAUUUCGACUCGUCCCGUUUAUAGCGGCCGAGUUUCUGGUUUGGCCACCACCUGAUUCAGACGAUGCAGAGGUUGGGGAUAAUGCGGAGUUGCGCCAACUACCGACUAUUAUCGACCCCCCGAAAGAUUCGCGACUUGCAGAGAUGCUCCGGAUGACGAUUGAUACUGAAGAUAAAGAAGACUUGGAUGACGGGGAUUUUGAGCCGUCAGAUUCGGAGUCGGACAGCAGUGAUGGAGAGGAGUGGGAAAGCGAUGGGGAAGACGACGGAGGACUUUGCGAAACGGAGGUCACAAGAGAAGACGUGUUGGCUAUUUUCAGAGCAAGGGGAGCAUUGAUAGCUUCCAGUUCAGAUUCAGAUUCAGGGGAGGAGUCGGAAAAAGAGGACGAGAUAAGAUAA